CAAAAGUCUAAAUGUCUAACGUCCACGGGCUGGCGUUAAUUUUAUUUUAUUUUUUUAACAUUGUUUCCACUUCUUAGGCUACUGUUCGUAUACCAAACGGUGGGGGUCGCCAAGAGUACGGUAUGUGGUUGGUGGUAGUUACCUUUUCGUCUGCUCUAGUGUCGAUGGAGCAACGGCAAUACAGACGCCCACCUACUGCUUCCAUUCACUCGCUACAGAGCUUAUCAAAAUGGCGGCAGCUUCCUCCAUCCAGCCGCCGAGCGUACACGCUCUAAACCAGGAAAAUACACCUUUCCAGGAUUCUGACAGCCCCGAGAGCCGACAGGAUGAGGACACAACAUCCGAUGGGCCUUGUCUUCGAGUCUUGUCUGAUUUGGAGCCGGAGGAAAUCGAAAGGAGGCUGGAAAAAACUCGUAGGGAGCUGAGCAACAGGAGGAAAAUCCUCAUUAAGAACCUGCCACAAGAUAUAACCAACCAGGAGGUCCAUGACAUCUUGAGAGAAUAUGAACUGAAGUACUGUUAUGUGGACAGAAACAAAGGAACAGCCUUCGUGACGCUGCUGAAUGGAGACCAGGCCCAGGACGCCAUCCGCUCCUUCCACCAGACCUCCAUCCGCGGCCGGGAGAUCACGGUGCAGCUGCAGCCCACCGACUCGCUGCUGUGCGUCACCAACCUGGCCCACACCUUCACCGGGGCCCAGUUCGAGGAGCUGGUGCGCGCCUACGGCAACAUCGAGCGCUGCUUCCUGGUGUACAGCGAGCUGACGGGCCACUCCAAGGGCUACGGCUUCGUGGAGUACAUGAAGAAGGACUCGGCCUCCCGGGCCCGCACGGAACUGCUGGGCAAGCCGCAGGGCGACCGCGCCCUCAUGGUGCAGUGGACCGACGUCAACCAGCUGACCGCCGAACACCUCCACUCCAAGUGCCUUUGUGUCGACAAGCUUCCCCUGGACUUCUGCGACACCGACCAACUUGCACACAUUUUCUCCAGCAGGUACAAGCCUGUCUUCUGCCAGCUGGCCCAGGACGAGGACAGCCACGUGCGCGGCUUCGCCGUGGUGGAGUACGAGACGGCGGAGCAGGCGGAGGCCAUGCUGACGGAGAUGGACAGGCAGCUGAUCGGGGGCCAGGAGAUACGCGUGUCCCUCUGCUCCCCCGGGACCUCAGGGAGGAGCACGCUGGCCGCCCUGAUCGCUGCUCAGGGGGUGAUGUCGAGUAACAAGAAGGGCCUGCUGCCGGAGCCCAGCCUGGCCCAGCUGCUGAGCAGCAUGAGUAAUCCUGCAGCCCUGCAGGUGCUGAUGAGGCCGUACCAGGCGGCCGGAGGCAAACGAGGAGGGAAAUUUGGGCGGCCACAGGGCUUGCCCUUCCUGCGCCCCCCUCUCACUGCAGCCCUGCUCCAGCUGGGGAAGGUGCAGCAGAAUGCCCUGCUUGGGAACGGCUUGGUGCUACAGAACCUCCUGCAGAUGCAGCUGGCCCAGCAACAGCUCCUCCAAAUCAAGGACAAACACAUAAGCAAUGUUCCCAGCCUGCUGGGCGAUCCUUCCAGACUGCUGCUGCAGAAGGCCAUGGGCCUCAGGACCACAGCCCCCAUGCCCCUAGGCAAGGGCCUGCUAGGGGACUCCCCUAACGAAGUAUCCCAGGACCCUCUGCAGACGGCCCCGGCUCAGGGCCCGGGCGCGGCCGGCGGGAUGAUGCCCUACAUGCCGGGCCGGCAGCACCUGGGCGCCCCGGGCGGCGGCGAGCAGAACGGGGCCUCCGCCAGCGACAAGCAGCCGCCGCCGCCGCCGCCGCCCGCUACCUCGGCCGCCUCGGGGCCCCUGGCGCAGAGCUUCCUGCAGGGCAUGGGCGGCCCCGUCAUGGGCGCCCUGCUGCCCCCCGGGGCGGCCCCCAAAGCACAACAGGGCCUGCAGUGCGCCGGGGACAGCGCCGCCGCCGCGGGCAUGGCUCAGGGCAGCCCUCAGACCUCACUGCUGGGAGAGCCACCCAAGGAGCUGAAGCUGCCGUCGAACCCCUACCUGAACCUGGCCAGCGUGCUGCCGGGCAUGGUCCUGCAAGCUCCUGCCUGCAGUAAAGCGCAGAGUGUGGCUCCACACAGUGCGGUGUACAGCAGCGUGCUGGCUCCUGCCUCACAGCCCCCCACACAGGCUGCUGCCCAGUACGGCUCUGAUACCUCCACAGACUACACACAGCAGUACAGCCAGCAGUACUCACAGGAAGCCAUGCAGCAGUGGUACCAGCACUACCAGGCACAGAGCUACAGCACCGCCCCUCCAGAGACCACAGGAGCUGAGUAUGGGAAAGAGCAGGCCCAGGGAGCCGGCACCACGUCCUACGGGGACUACAGCACCUACAUGCAGGCUGUCAAUCAGUACUACUCUCAGACGCAGAUGUCCCAGGCAGCUGCUCAGGCCUAUCAGCACAGAGACGCGAGCAAGGAGCCCGAGGCGACCAAGGCCCCCCCGGCGGGCGCCCUCCACCCGGCCAGCAACGGCAGCGCCCACAGCCUGGUGCCCGGCUACGGCCCCGUGCCCGUUCUCCCGGGGUACAUAGGGGUGCAGCAGGCCCCGCCCGGCCCCGCGCCGCACCCCCAGAGCGGGCAGGCCGCCGCCGCCGCCGCCGCCGCCGCCGAGUGGAACCAGUAUUACUACAACCAGGCGAGGGGGCAGAAGCGCGAGUACUCCCAGCUGCCCCUGCAGGACGCCGGGCCCGACGGGGCCUACGUGGGCCAGCAUUCCCAGGGCCUGGGCGGCCAGUACGCAGACUACUACAAAAAGAAGAGGAUCUAGGCGCCCCCCUCCGGCGCCCCCAGCCCCGCCCCAGCCCCUGCAGUCCUGUCCUCCGUGCUCUCGGUACCCCCCCGCCCCUCUGUCGCCGAUGUUGUCCAUGCCUUAACUUUGAACUCUACUCAGUCGGUGUUAAAAGGUUUCCUGUACAUUUUUUAUAAUGUAUGAUUUUGUAUUUGCAGUAACACAGGCCUUCCUGUGGGACGUGUGUCGUCGUCCGGUAACCAUUAUUUCUGUAGAAACCUUUUCCCCCUCGUUAUAGGGACAAACGGUGUCCCUUGGAAGAAGGUAACACUUUCUAGUCUCGGAGAAGUGAUUAUUUCUUUUGUUCUGAGGGUUUUUUCGUGUCGCAUCUCGGUUCUCUCUCGUUAAGGAAACCUCAAGGUGACAUUUUGGCUCUGUAUAUUUGUGCUCUCGUUUCGUAAGUGUCGGAGUGUCCAGCUGUUAGCAGGAGACUCUGACGCUGCUGGGGCGUGUGGAGACAGGGACCCAGGUCCUACACAAAGCUCUUCAUCCGCAAGGAUGGCGGCCUUCCCUUUAGGCGCAAGGCCUCGUUUCAUAGUAACUGCAAUAAGGCACAGUAGUGCUUGACUCGACUCUGUAAACAAUACUGUCGGAAUAGAAGCUUUUGCUGCCUGUUUUUAAGUGAAGUGGACUUUCAGGUUGUUCAAAACUACUAGGGCUUGAUUGUAAGGACCUUGAAUAGGGACGUUUUUCCUACUGCCAUUUCAGGAAAACGGAUUUCUUUUGGAGAGCGACGUCAGGCUGUCGGACGUCUCUCCUGUAAAUAUUUUUUGACGUUUUCUCGCCUGGAAAACGACAAUGCGGGGGGGGGGGGGGGGGGGGGGGGGGGGGGGGGGGGAGACUGCUUUGAGUCUUGGCUGAUAGCUCGGACCUCGCUAUUUUCACACCCAGGCAAUAUUAAUCACCACACGACGCCAGUGCGCUAGUAUUAGCGCUCAGCUGUGCUGCGUCGAACCUCCUCCUCCUCCUCCUCCUCGUCCUCCUCCUCCUCCCGCUCUUCUCUGUAGUCAGUGGUGAAAUGGCUGAUGACCUCCUGCAGUUUCCAGCAGGAGGGUUCAAAGUCACAGUCCACUCACUGUUCCAGUCAGGCGACUGACGGACUCUAAAGCCAUGCUUUUACUAGCACAGAAUGUUUAAUCAAUGUUCCUGUACAAUCGUGACUUACUGACGUUUUUCUAGCAUUAAGUUAGACUGGCCGGAAGCCAGUCCUUUUUCUUUAUUUCAGGGUGUACUGUGUUCAGCUGGAUAUUUAAUUUAAUGGCUGAUCGCUUUACUCCAAGCCUUACAAAGGCAAUACUUUAGAGUGAAACUUUGAUCUCUGUAAUAGUGAAAAAAAAUUUUUUUUUUUGCUUGUUUUUUUUUCCUUUUUAUUUUUAAAUGCAGACUGUUGUUUUGCAUUUAUUCAGGAAUUUCAAGAAGGCUGUUUUAAUGCCGUUCAGGUGAUUGUAAUAUCUUCUCUCCCUACCCUUUCCCAGGUCAUAGCCAUUAGCGCAUGUUCCUGCACUGCACUCAGAGUCGUGCGUUCCAUUAGCGUUAGCCUCCACGCCCGGAUAGGGCUGCGGUGUCGGCUACUGGGGAAUUUGGGCUUUCGAAGCCCACACUGAACCAGCACUUUCAUGGGGGUGAAUGAAGACAAACGAGCAGCAGCCAGCUGUUACCCUGACUAGUUUUAUUCGGCGGCGUCGUCAUCCCAGCUUGAUUACGAAAUGCUGUAUCGAUGUGCUGUUUCCUCUCGCUGUUUUUCCAGUGCUGCUAGCUGUACGCAUCCAUGUUUCUCUCCGUGGGGAACCCUUUGUUUAAGGCAAGACGUGUUCCAGUGUGUGAGCUUUAGUAAGGCUGUGCGGGGAUUUACCUGAAUCCUUGUAGCUCAGCGGUUUUUCAUGGGUACACCUUUUUAGCCCAGUUGGUGUUGAAGAGCUGGUAGCUCCCCUUUGCCCUUAAUUUGUCUUCGGUGGUGAGGACGUCGUAAAGUGUGUGGAAAUGAAAGGUGGCUUCGCAAGACCCUCGUCUCUUUGGUGUUGCGUAGUGACCCCACCCCACCCCCCCUCCCCCCAGCUGGGGUAACAGGAAGGGGGGGGUUCCCAACUGUUGCUGUUGUGCCUAAUUCUGCAUGUUGCCAACCAGGCAUAUCCUUCAUACUGAUUAACACAAGGCGGCUUUCCCCUGAACUUUACAAGCGUCAUCACGGAAAGGGUUUAUGUCACUGGUCAGGUGACUGACAGUGCUGACUCACUGCAGGGUUAAUGUGGCCUGGAGCUCCAGAGCCCCCAAUACAAACUGAAAAGGCUGAUCUCUCUCCUUUAUGUGCUUUUCAAUAUUCAAGCAAUUUUUGAUGACCGCGAAGAAAGUUCUAGUGUCUGUAGAAUAGAUCAGAAUAUAUAAGCUUCUUUCUUUUGUACAUGUACUUAAAAAAAAAUAAAAAACAUUUUUGCAAGCUUUCAUUUGAAAGUAUUUGUCUAGAUUUUCUGACCUAAAAUUAGUUUUUGCAAUAUUUUAUAUUUUAAAUAAGUUGAUAUUGUUUUACUGUGAACAGGCAAUUUUUAGGAACAAUUGGAUUUUAGCAUGCAUACUUACAGGUGUAAUAUAUAAGUUCUAAGAAUGUUUUCAAUAGUUGAUAUUGAGUAUGACGCUUUUGAUUUUGACACAAAACGUUUGAUUUUAUUUAUUUUGAUUCAAUGUUUAUUUAUGUACAUUUUCCCCUCAGUCAUCCUCUUCCUUGUCUGAUUCCUACGAAAAAUCUUUUUUUUCUUCUUUUUUUUGAAAUGAAGGAAUUGUCGCUUUUACAUUCCAGAAUAAACAUUGACUGAUAUCCCCAAGCACA